AUGUCGACACUGUCACAGUCACCAACAGCAACGACGUCCAAAGCAGAUCUCGAAUUGCGAAAGAUAAUUGAUGCUGGUGUAUUACGAUUCAACAAUUCAGCAAAAGAUGGUAUAAAAUACUUGAUAUCAGCUGGGGUUCUAGACGACGACCCUGCGGAAAUCGCGGAGUUCCUGGCUAAGCAAGAAAAUCUGGAUAAGCACGUCAUAGGAGAAUAUUUGGGGAAAGAUAAUGAAUUCAAUAUAGCGGUCCUCAAUCGCUUCGCCCAACUGUUCGACUACCGAGAUCUGCCAGCGGAUGAGGCCCUCCGGUUGUUCAUGUGCAGGUGGAUUUGCCAUGCCUGGAGAGGCCAACAGGUCUAUCGUAUACUGGAACGUUUCUCUACCUACUAUGCUGCUACUUGCUCUUCCCUCAAUCGAGACCAAGUUCAUAUCCUGGCUUACGCUCUCAUUAUGCUUAACGUGGAUGCCCAUAACCCUCUAGUUACGGACAAAAUGACUAGAGACCAAUUUAUCAACAAUACCAUGCCCGAAGUCAGCCCAGGGUGUACGGCUGAGGAGCUUGGGCAAAUGUACGAUAGAAUAGUAGCUAAGGAAUUCCGACCAGACACUACUCCGCAGGAACUAAUGUAUGUGCGGUUGGCUAAGAAUCCUCAGUACUCAGCUGAUGAGAAAAAUGUAGCAGCAUCAGCAGAAGAUAUUCAUCGAAUGAAAAAGGGCGACAACUUCUUGAAAUUUGGCAGGAGAGGACGACCCCAUCCACGACGCGUCUUCUUAUCAGAGGAUGAGAGUAGAAUAUGCUGGAUGGAGCCUACGGAGUCUCGGGGUGGUCGGCUAGGCUCGUUGCUCAACCAUGACGCUGCCGUGCCACGCGGCAGGGCAGUUGUUACCGGUGGUCGGCCCGCUACGGCCCCGCCUGCUUCUGAGGUUAGCAACGGUGGUACCGGGGGCCGCAGUCCGGGUGCUACUAGCGAACUGAUGGUAUCUGGCAAGGCUAUGCCAAUAGCAGGCGCUGGCGAUCUAGCUACUACUGGAGUUUCGGCAACCCACAGUCUGCGCAACAUACGGCUGGAUGAAGUGACGGGACUAUGUGUGGGCACGUCGGGGUCUAGUGUGUUUCGGAAACAGUGGGUGCCCGAGACGGCACCGCCUGGUGUGGACAUGCGUAUGUGGUUGAGGUUUUUCCAUUAUGUGCUAUCGGAAAGGGAAGCUAAGAUACGGGCUAGCGCUGACCCUGUUAAGGAGGCCCUAGAGAUGCAGCGUGCAGGGGCUAAGCGUUUGAGGAGAUGGAAGGAGGAGAUACUGCCUAACUGGGCUAAGCAUUGGACUACCGGUAGUGUGGGAAAAGAGAAGGCUAUUGUCGUGUGGGGUGCUUUCUGGAUGUCUAUAGUGUAA